GGGCGGGGCCCAGGAGCUGGGGCCGGGCCUCGCUGAGGCGGUUGGCAGAGUUCUGCGCGGCCGCGGCUGGGAGGACCAGGAUCGAGCCGGUGGCUGCGGACUCCCGCCUGCCCUGCGCCGCCCGCCCGCCUCCCCACCGCCGCAUGGUGCCGACUGCUCACUGAGUGGCGGCGGCGAGGCGUGAGUUACGCGCCGCGGAGGCGGCUUGGGUCUAAGCUUCCCGUCGCCGGCACUUCCCCCUGCGGCGCCCGUGCGCGGCCGGGUGGGCUGGAGGGAUGGCGGCCCCGGGGAGCGGCCGUGCAUCGGCGCCCCGGCUGCUUCUGCUCUUGCUGGUUCCGCUCCUGUGGGCCGGGGUCCGGGCCGGCCCCGACGAAGACCUUAGUCACCGGAACAAAGAACCAGCGGCGCCUGCUCAGCAGCUGCAGCCGCAGCCGGCGGCCGUGCAGGGCCCCGAGCCGGCCCGGGCCGAGAAAGGAUUUACACCAGCAGCCCCAGUUCAUACCAGUAAAGAAGAUCCGGCUACCCAAACUAAUUUGGGGUUUAUCCAUGCAUUUGUCGCUGCCAUCUCAGUUAUCAUUGUAUCUGAACUGGGUGAUAAGACAUUUUUUAUAGCAGCCAUCAUGGCCAUGCGCUAUAACCGUCUGACCGUGCUGGCGGGAGCAAUGCUCGCCCUGGGCCUGAUGACGUGCUUAUCAGUUUUGUUUGGCUAUGCCACCACAGUCAUCCCCAGGGUAUAUACGUACUACGUUUCAACUGCGUUAUUUGCCAUUUUUGGCAUUAGAAUGCUUCGGGAAGGCUUAAAGAUGAGCCCUGAUGAGGGUCAAGAGGAACUGGAAGAAGUUCAGGCAGAAUUAAAGAAGAAAGACGAAGAAUUUCAACGAAGCAAACUCUUAAAUGGACCGGGAGAUGUUGAAACGGGUACAAGCACGACAAUACCUCAGAAGAAGUGGCUACAUUUUAUUUCACCCAUUUUUGUUCAAGCACUUACAUUAACAUUCUUAGCAGAGUGGGGCGACCGCUCUCAACUGACAACAAUCGUGUUGGCAGCUAGAGAGGACCCCUAUGGUGUAGCAGUGGGUGGAACCGUGGGACACUGCUUAUGCACUGGGUUGGCAGUAAUUGGAGGAAGAAUGAUAGCACAGAAAAUCUCAGUCAGAACUGUGACCAUCAUAGGAGGCAUCGUGUUUUUGGCGUUUGCGUUUUCUGCACUAUUUAUAAGUCCUGAUUCUGGUUUUUAACAAGCUGUUUAUUCAUCUGUGGUUAGUUUAAGAUAGGUAACUCUUAAUCUUUCUGUACAUAGUGUACAUGGUAACUAAAAGUGAUGGAAAAUACUGUAUUUUGUAGCAUUGAUUUGUGGCUUUGAACUAUUUUAUGAAAGUAUUAUGUCAGAAGAGAUAAUCAUUGAUUCUCUUUGUAACCUGGGUUUUUAAAAGAAACCUGACCUCUAAAUGUGGGUUUUCCUUCCCUCCAGCAUAAUUAUGUCAGUCCAGUCCCCAUUUCUGUUUUGGUAUAUACAGAACUAUUAUGCAGUGGGCUCUGUCACUUGAUUUUCUUUUAGCACUGACCCUUUUAUAAGGAAUACAAAUUUUCUCCUUGAUCACUUAGGUGUAUUGAGAUGUUAAAAUUUUUUGUAGGGAAAGAAUGAAUUAAUUUCUAUUUUUAAAACAUUUUUCUGGCCAGUAAUCAGUAAUUUAAGCAUCAAUCUUUUUGAAAUUAGGUUCUUUGCUUAAAAAAAAAAGUGAGAGGGACAAACAUGAGAGUAUUGUUACUUCAGUAAUGUGACACAAGAGCUGUCUGUCUGCAAGCUCUGUUCUUCCUCUUUUUUUUUUUUUAAUUGGGUAGGACACCCAAUAAAAAAAAAACAGUCAAUAUUUGACAAUGUGGAAUUACCAAAUUAAAAGAGAAUACUAUGAAUGUAUUCAUAUUUUUUCUAUGUUGGAUAAACAAUGUAACAUAGAUACAAUGUAAAUAAAAAUGGUAUGACCAG